GGAGCGGAGGGGAAGCAUUUCGAGAGACUAAUAAGAGCUUUUGUCUGUCGUCUAUCUGAGGAAAAAGACCCAAACGUUGUUUUCUCUUAAGUUCACUGCGUCACGUUCACAGCGAGCAGAGACGUCCUGCUGCACUGAUCAGAGCUUUGAUUGAAGGAACUCUGACACUCGCAACCUUUAAAAAACAAUCACACUGGAAAAACUGUGCAGAGACGCAGUGAAACAUCAUGACGACGCUGCUGGACCUUAAGAGUAGCGUACUAAGGCAGGUUCAGAGGAGCCAAUCUCUGAGAAGUCGGAGGGAGCCUCCUCCCACUGCCAGCAGCCCCCUUGCACACUGUCCUCCCGAGCCCUUACCUCGCAGGAUUUCAGAGGAAAGCGUGGAGUUCUUUGAGCGUAUGAACGCCAUCCUGCAGAAACAGGAGAACAUGAUGCGGGCAGCCCAGGCUGAGUGUCAAAGAGGGCCGUGCACAAUGCCGCCACCGCAAGAGCACGUGGACCAGGCCUUUAUUUCUGAAAGAGUCAGCAGGACAGAGCUGGAUCUGCUUUAUGAGGAAGCGGUGUACACAGUGGUCAACAGGGUUGGCGUGCCUGCUCCAGAACACGUGAAAAGUGACGACGAGCUGUUUGCUUACCUGCUGAAGGCUUUUGAUAUGGGUGAUGAGGAACAUGACAUAAUUCUACAAAAGGUUCAAGAAUCAAAGCGAGCCAGUUUUUCCUUGAGAGUCUCGGUUAUGAAAGCAAAGAACCUGAUGGCCAAGGAUGCAAAUGGUUACAGUGACCCCUAUUGCAUGCUGGGAAUCCUGGUUGGUCAAAGCCCUCGAGAAACAGAAGAGAAGAAGGAGAGAAAGUUCAGCUUCAGAAAGAGGAGGGAAAAGCUGGAGAAACGCUCCAGCACCAAAGAGGUUUUACCUGCCAGGUGCAUUCAGGUGACCGAAGUCAAACCAGAGACUCUAAACCCAGCGUGGGAUGAGCACUUUGUGUUUGAAAUAGAUGAUGUCCACAAUGACCUCUUACAUCUGGACAUAUGGGACCACGAUGAUGAUGUAUCUGUUGCAGAGGCAUGCAAAAAGCUCAAUGAAGUCAGUGGUCUUCGAGGAAUGGGCAGGUAUUUCAAGCAAAUAGCAAAGUCAGUGCGUGCUAAUGGAUCAGCAUCAUCAGGGUCUGAGGAGAACGUUGACGACUUCCUCGGAUGCAUCAACAUUCCUUUGAAUGAAAUCCCUGUGGCUGGAUAUGACACCUGGUUUAAACUGGAGCCACGGUCAAGUGCGUCUAAAGUUCAGGGAGAAUGUCACCUAAUUCUUAAAGUCUUCACAAGCCAGAGAGACACAACCUUAUGGAAGAGGGAAACAAAUGUCUCCAUUCACAAGAAACUUCUGAGUCAGAUUGUGGAGUAUGAGCAUGCUCAAGUUAAGAGAGAGCCGUACAACUGGAAUGGACAGGUUUCUCCUCCAGCAUGGACUGUACUAACACAUCAUGCUGUGCAAACUGAUCUUUCGCCUCUGCAGCAGGCUAUUCUGCGCUGGCAGUGCUACAGCAGUCAUCAUCGGAACCAGAGGCUGUGCUACUCCCUGCUGCUGCGCCUCCUGAGGACCAUCGAUGCAGAGUGGGACCCUCCCGCCGUGAGGGGAGACCUGGAGAGGCAGCUAUCAGACAGCUUCAGACUGUACACAGAGCACUGCCUGUGCCUGAUGAAGAACAUGCGUCAGGUUUUCCCCUGCACAAGCGCUGCUGCCAUUACACGCUACGAGCUCAUGCUGAGGGGGAUUGGCUACAUGCAAAACAUGAGGGCAUUUAAGACUGUUUGUCCUCUCCGAAAUGAGCUUCAUUUGGACAUCACGACUGCUGUCAAGAAAGGAACGUCUGAGUGGUAUGAAAGCUUAAUCGCUCAGUAUAAACCAGAAGAAGGGUCUCUGGAGGAGCAGCUGAAAAAAAUGGUUCAGGUGAUCGAUGCGGUUUGCGGAGACGUACAGAGAGCUCAAAACAUCUACAACAAACUCUUCUACAGUGCCGUGAAAGUAGAUUUCUUCAGCAUAUCAUACAGGCAGCUGGAAAAACAGGUAGCAGAUGAUGUAAAUGUAGCAAUGGAGCGAGUUUGUGGCACUCUGGAGCAGGAGAGCUCCAGACUGACUCAGACUAUGGGGGAAACCAUUUUCGAACUUUUCAUGUCCUUGAAGAUCCUCAAAGGCUUUCGAGAGUUUCUUCCCCUCAAAGAUGCCAAAAUGUUGGCCUUGACAGGCUUUCAUAACUGGUUCAAGUCGUCGAUUCACAAGUUUCUGCAGAUCGUUCAUGACAGAUCCUGCGACAGAAUCCGCAAAGCGGUGGAAAUAGAUCAGCUUCAGCCUGUGCAACAAGCCAAACACAGUUCCUCAGCGGUGGAAGUGACAGCUUGCUUCAGCCAGGUACGCGAGAUCUGGCUCCAGCUGGCCUGGCCAGACUCUGCGGGGGCCUUCAUCUUUGUCACUCGUCUGACAGACAACUUCUGCAGUGAAGCCGUUUGCUACUCAGAGAUGAUGACACGUAAGAUUGAGAGGAACCAGGUGGGCCGAGACCCCAAGAACUUCACAGUGCAGCUCUGCAUCGGCCUGAACAACAUAGAGCAUGUGCGUGUUUUCCUGACUCACCUGCCUCGGGACCUGGACUGGCCGGGCGUGGAGCGGGCCAUGGAGGAGUCCUGUGGAGUGGAGGGGAAAGAGCAGGUUUACAAGGCCCUCAACGGCCAGCUGUUCAACAUGGACCUGGACCUGCAAAGAGAAGCCAAACGCCCGAUCUCACUGCUCACCGAUAAGAUGCUGCCCGAGCUUCGCAGGUACAUUCAGCACAUCAGCUUGUCCCCAGACUCCAUCAACAAUGACGACGCUGUUUCCCCUCUCAUGAAGUACCUUCAAGACACCAUGGACAUCCUGACAGCAAACCUUGUUAAGGAAAGUCUGACCAGGGUUCUGCAGAGCAUGUGGGAGCUGCUCCUGCGAAUGAUCCUGGACGCGGUCACAGAGAACAGAGGGGUUCAGGUGGAGUUUUACAACCGCUUCCAGUACACAGUCGAGACCCUGUUGCAGUUCUUCCACGUUAAGGGAGAAGGUCUGUCCUUGGAAGACAUGAAAAGCGGAGACUACAAGGUGUUGGAUGAAGAGCUCAGGCUAAAUAAAUGUUCCUCCUUUGAUCUGAUUGAGCAGUACUAUCUGGAGAAGAUUUCCCUCCAGAAAACACUCAAACAUACACCUUAUGGUCGGAUCAGCGUGAAAUGCUACUACGACCCUCCAGAGCAGAGACUGACUGUGGAGAUUUUGCACGCUGCGGACAUCAUCGCACUGGAUGCCAAUGGUCUUAGUGAUCCAUUUGUCAUAGUGGAGCUUUGUCCUCACCACCUCUUCCCUGCAGCCAAGAGUCAACGCACUCAAGUGAAGCUGAAGACACUGCACCCAGUGUUCGACGAGCUGUUUUAUUUCCAUGUCAGUCCUGAACAGUACAGACACAGGUACGCUUGUUUGACCUUCACUGUGAUGGACUAUGACUGGCUGUCUACCAACGACUUCGCCGGGGAAGCUGUCGCUCCUCUCAGCGACUUCUGCUGGCCGGGGAGACCGAACGCAUCGGCUGCCGGGAAGAACGUCCAGCCGUUCAUUCUGCACUUGUCCCGCAGCAAACCCAGCGAAAAGCCGAUCAUGAGGAUGCUGGAUGCUCGCACGGGAGACAGGGAGGCUCAGGAGUUUGUCCGGAGGCUGAAGGAGAUUGAGAAAUCGAUGGAGGAGGACUAA